GGGGCGCAGCGGAGGGUGGUGCUAGUGACACCAGUGUUUGGGGUCCGGGCGCCGCAGCUGCUAGAAGCCGGGCGGGCUAAUGCGGACCUCCGCGCUGGCGGGAGGCGAGUGGCGGCCGCGGCGCCCGUGACGACUGCCUGCGUCCCGGCUGCUUAUAACCAUGAAGUUCAUACUAGCCUUGAAUUUGUGAUCUUCUUGUCUAAACCUUCUGAAAGUUGAGAUCGCAUGUAAGACCGUGAAUUAUGGAAUUUCUUACAUGACACAUUCAGGAGUGGAAUGAGAGAAUGUCACAUAGAAAAUAAAUGAUUUUUAAGUUAUGUCUAUUAAUUUGACUCUAGAUAUAUAUAUUUACUUCCUUAAUAAUGCAAGAAGUCUUUGUGGGAAACAGAGAAGCAAACAGUUGCAUUUUGUGUGUUCUAAACAGUAUUGGCGCAUGAACCAUGUCAUUGUGCACAGAGAGUUUCACACAAGUAAGAAAAGCUGUAAAUGGAACAGAAGUGAAGUGCAUUGCAGCAAACACUGGCACUCUCCAAGCAACCAUGGUUUACAUAUUGGAAUUGUGAAACUUAGCACUUCUGCUCCCAAGGGACUUACAAAAGUGAGCAUUCAUAUGUCCCGUAUUAAAAGUACUUGGAAUUCAGUUUCAAAGGCUAUUUUUGGCAGUCAAAAUGAAAUGGUUUCACGAUUAGCUCAAUUUAAGCCAAGUUCUCGAAUAUUAAGAAAAGUAUCAGAUAGGGAAUGGUUAAAACAAAAAAAUGUUAAGCAAGCAAUUGAAUCUCUGAAAAAUUAUAGUGAUAAAUCAGCAGAAAAGAAUUCUUUUGCAGAACAGAAAAGUUACUUUGCAGAUAAAGAAGAAGAUUCAGGUAAACACAGCCUUUUCCACUACACAUACGGUAUAACCACCAGAUUUGGAGAGUCAUUCUACUUUUUAGCAAAUCAUAUUAAUUCAUAUUUCAAAAGCAAGGAAAAAAUGUCUCAAACAAAGGAAGAUAAACAGCCUCAGGACAAACCAGGCCUUGAAGAAAGGAAAUCCAGUUCUCCUGACCCUGACAUCUUGACAGACAAGCCAGACUCUUCCCUAGAAGUUGAAGACAAACUUUCCAGCCCUACCCAGACGGCCGAGGUUCACCCAGUGUCUGCAAAGCAGAGUAUUGCUAACUUCCUUUCUCGUCCCACUGAAGGCGUGCAAGCCUUAGUCGGUGGUUACAUUGGUGGACUUGUACCCAAAUUAAAGUCUGAUCCCAAGAGUCAGCCUGAAGAACAGGAAGAGCCUGCUAAAACUGAGCAAGCUGUCAGCAAAGACAAGAAGGCAGAGGAGAAAAAGCGUGUGUUACUUCAACGAGAAAAGAUCAUUGCAAGAGUGAGUAUUGAUAACAGAACUCGAGCCUUAGUUCAGGCCUUAAGAAGAACAACUGACCCAAAGCUCUGUAUUACUAGGGUGGAAGAACUGACUUUUCAUCUUCUAGAAUUUCCUGAAGGAAAAGGAGUGGCUGUCAAGGAAAAAAUUAUUCCAUAUUUAUUACGGCUGAGACAAAUUAAGGAUGAAACUCUUCAGGCUGCAGUUAGAGAAAUUUUGGCCUUAAUUGGUUAUGUAGAUCCAGUGAAAGGCAGAGGAAUCCGCAUCCUUACGAUUGAUGGUGGAGGAACAAGAGGUGUGGUUGCUCUUCAGACUCUGCGGAAGUUGGUUGAACUUACUCAGAAGCCGAUUCAUCAGCUCUUUGAUUACAUCUGUGGUGUAAGCACAGGGGCCAUAUUAGCAUUUAUGCUGGGAUUGUUUCACAUGCCACUGGAUGAAUGUGAGGAACUCUAUCGAAAGUUGGGCUCAGAUGUGUUCACACAGAAUGUCAUUGUCGGGACCGUCAAAAUGAGUUGGAGCCAUGCAUUUUAUGACAGUCAUACGUGGGAAAAGAUCCUUAAGGAUAGAAUUGGAUCUGCACUAAUGAUUGAAACAGCGAGAGACCCUGAAUGUCCUAAGGUAGCUGCUAUAAGUACCAUAGUAAACAGAGGACAAACACCAAAAGCUUUUGUGUUCAGAAACUAUGGUCAUUUUCCUGGCACCAACUCUCACUAUUUAGGAGGCUGUCAGUACAAAAUGUGGCAGGCCAUUAGAGCCUCAUCGGCUGCUCCAGGCUACUUUGCAGAAUACGCACUGGGGAAUGACCUUCAUCAAGAUGGAGGUUUGCUUCUGAAUAAUCCUUCCGCCUUGGCCCUGCAUGAAUGUAAAUGUAUCUGGCCAGAUACCCCACUAGAGUGUAUAGUAUCCCUGGGCACAGGACGGUAUGAGAGUGAUGUGAGGAAUACCUCAACAUACACAAGCCUGAAGACCAAGCUCUCUAACGUUAUCAGCAGUGCUACAGACACAGAGGAAGUCCAUAUAAUGCUUGAUGGCCUGUUACCUCCUGACACGUACUUUAGAUUUAAUCCUGUGAUCUGUGAAAACAUACCCCUAGAUGAGAGCCGAGAUGAAAAGCUGGACCAGCUUCAGCUGGAAGGAAUGAAGUACAUAGAAAGAAAUGAUCAAAAGAUGAAAAAAGUUGCAAAAAUAUUAAGUCGAGAAAAAACAACUCUUCAGAAGAUCAAUGAUUGGAUAAAAUUAAAAAGUGACAUGUAUGAAGGUCUUCCAUUUUUUUCAAAAUUGUGAGUAGGGUGUACAUGUGUUCUCAUAAAUGAAGGCCAUCUAAAGAUCCACCAAUUUAGAGAGGAGCAGUGUGCUUCAACAUGAAUUUUCUGUAGGACACUUAGUGAAAUUAUCCCUGAAUCAGAUAAUGCUUUGAACAGCUCCAACUCACAGAAGAUAUGAUUGGUAACAGAAGUUAUAUGGGAAUUAGGUAUUUAAGAUGUUCAUAACCUUUAGGCAUUUUAUUACUAUGCUAGUUGGCUUUAGUAUCUAUUGGUCUUAAAUUGUUUACUGUUUGAAAAUGUAUUAAUAUAUGUGCCAAACAAGAAAUGGGGAAUGUUAUACUUUAUGCUUUACUUUUAGUCAUUUUCAAUCAUGUGGAAUUUGUGUGAUUGUUGAUUUUUCUUUCAUGUCAAAAAGGUGACUUCUCUUUACAUUUACACUACUUAGCAUUUCACUAGGUGCACCCACAAUCCAUGUGUUACCUUUUACUGUAAUAAUCAUUGAAAAAUAUAUAGGAAAUGAGAUUUUCUUUAUUAAAGUAUAUUUAUGUUUGAAAUAUAAAAAAACUGGAUACAGUUUUCUAUUCAAAAAAAUUGAUGAAUCUCCAGUGAGCUAACUUUUUCUUGAGAUUUCAAGAUAAUGUUCACUUUUGUAGAUCGAAUGCUAUCUUAUCAUUUACUGUUACAGAAUUAAUUAUUCAAUUUUAAUAUUCUUAUCAUUAACAAAAAUAAAUUAUUGAAGUGACCAAUUGUUCAAGGCUAAUGCCAUUUUAAAGUUUUUUUAUUGCUCAUAAUGAUUGCCUGGUUUCUUGUAUCAUUUAUGGUGAAAUGUUUGUCUAGUUAGAUUUACAGAAGUUAAACAUGUUGGUGUAUGUCAAAUAAUCUUCACUGUAUUAUUUCCCUUGUAAAUCUUUAUAUUGAAUUGAAAUUGUUUUAUGAAAAAUGAAACCAAGUUUAUAUACUUUGCUUAGUACACAUGAACAAACAGUGCUGUCUGUGUGGUCAUAGUGUCUGCAGUGCUGUAUGACCGAAGCGAUGAGAUGGGGGAGAGCUGUGGAGUGGCUGAGACUGUGGGUGUUGGUUGGCUGAAUAGCCAGCCUCUGGGCAUGACCUUGACGGCAGUGGACAGCUUGUAAGAUUCAGCUCUUCCACUUGUAAAAGUAGGAAAGCUAGCUGUCAAAUUUCGUGUCUUCAUAUUUAUUUUUUAAGAACAAGAUAAAUAAGUUUUUGGUUAUUUCAGAAGAUGGUUUAAACACUCCUCUUUAGCCUUUAAAUACAAAUAAACUUUUAUGUAACUAGACUGACUUACUAGUAUAAGAAAAAUAAAAACUAACGGGAAUCUGCAUAUUCUGAGGAUUCUCUGUAAUAGGAUAAGGUACUGCAUGGCCCAUAUAAGUGUGUCUCUUGUCCUCAACUGGUAUAGUUCAUGCUUUGCCACUUAAAUCCACUCUUCCUGGUUUGUACUUUGCUAGUCAUUUGCUAAGGGUACUUGGGCCACAGUAUUUUUGUUAAGCCACAUAUAUUGGGUGCUACUUAUGAACUUGUAACAAAGUAUAGCCAUCUGUGUGGUAUGCAGGUUUUUGUUUAUUCUCGUCUUCAUUGGUACCUGAUCCUGGUUGUACAAAGAACUGAGUAAGUCCCUGGGACAACCUCCAUUUUAUAAAGAAGGAAGUGUUCUCUGCCCAAAUAUCAUUCUAUUUUUUUUUUUUAUUUUGGUGUUUUUUUCAAGACAGGAUUUUUCUGUAUAGCCCUGGCUGUCCUGGAACUCACUCUGUAGACCAGGCUGGCCUUCAAGUCAGAAAUUGACCUGCCUCUGCCUCCCAGAGUGCUAGGAUUACAGGUGUGUACCACCACCGCAUGAGGAAAGAAGGAGAAGAUUAGUUAUAACCUAUAGGAAGUAUCCCAUCAGCAUCAGUUGGCAGUAGUUUGACUCAGCAUAGCAAAUGUGUGCAUGCUUAGUACAUAUGAGCAAGCCUGAGGUGAGUAUUGUUGGAGUCUUAGAAAAAGCUUUGCAAGGUACCAGGACUCAGAAAGGCAGAGAACUAGGACCCUUGCACACUCUGAUCAGACACUGUCUUUUAAUGAAACACCAUCGCCCAGCAAGCAUAAUAAAUUUCUUCUACAGGAAAUUGAAGCUGUAGGAUGACCUCAGAUACAGGUUAUGGAAGUAAAUAUGGAUAAUGUGUGUAGUUGGUGAGGAAAUGUUCUUAUCUCAGUUCAUGACACCUCAGUCUUUAUGACUUUAGAGCUUUUUGCAAAAGCAAAUUGUCCCAGUGUUCAGUUUGGUCACUGUAUCUUGGGUCUUUGCUUUAGUUACCCUGGGCUUUGUGGUUCUGUAUUGUACUCUACUGAUCCACACCUCUAAAAGGACUCAGAAAUCCAUGGUGAGGGGGCCAGAGGAGAGGAGGCCUGAGCUUUCCUAUCCAGUUCACCAGCAUUGCAGUCUUUCAGAAGAUGCUUCCUGUCCAGAGAAUGGCCAUAAUAAAUUUCUUUUUUCUUUCUUUUUUUUUUCUUUUUUUUUUCUUUUUUUUUUUUUUUUUUGGAUUUGUUUUUUCAAGACAGGGUUUCUCUGUAUACCUGUCCUGGAACUCACUCUGUACACCAGGCUGGCCUCGAACUCAAGAAGUCUGCCUGCCUCUGCCUCCCCAGAGUGCUGGGAUUACAGGCGUGCACCACCACCAUGCUGCGGACAUAAUAAAUUUCUUGUACAGGAAAUUGAAGCUGUCCUCUGGGCAGUUAGGAUACAUAAUCCAUUUGGAAAAUUCCAUAGUUGGUCCCAUCCCAACGAAUUCUUUUCACAUUCAUGGCUCUGUGUUCUUUUUCUGUUAUCGUUUCUUGCCAAGUUUAAAUACAACAAAACUGUUCUUUAA